AUGCCAAAGAGGUUCUAUGACGACUACUCGGACAUGUACCUCAAGAACAGCAGUCUCCAAGGUCGCAAGCAGCACAUGAGUGGACGGCGCCACAUCAACAACAAGAUCGAGUACUGGCAGAUGCUGAUCCGAGAGAAAGGCCUGACACCACCGAUCUAUCCUCCUCCUCCCGGAAUGGUCUUGCCGAUGCCAAAGCUGGCGGCAGCAGCUAAUCCAACGGCCCCGGCACUGGCCAAGCUCGGUGGGGAUGUCAAGGGUAAGCCCUUCUUCAAUGAGAACACCUUCGGCUACUCUGCGAUCACCGUGAAGAGUGGCAUGAUCAUGGCUCUCGGCUUCUUGCAGACCUACAACAACGCAGUCCUGGAGCGAGCAACAUUGGAGCCGGCAACAUUUCAGGAGGUGGGUUUAGGGUUUAGGGUUUAG